UCGCGAGUGCAUUGCAGCUGCUAGAACUUUGUAGGAGAAUUAGAACGCCAACUAUUCCGGUGCAAUUUACAUUAUUACAAGAGAAUCAUCAGCCAGCUGACUUAAUCAAUCUGCUGAACAAUGUUACCUAGGAGUUUGAUUACAUCCUAUCACCAAGAACGCCGUCGCUGGGCUUGGAAAUCACAGACAAAGAAUUUGUGUGGAGCUCUGGACAGCUGCUUGGAACGGUUUGAAUGCCAGCGAGAGGAUGAGAUUCUAUUCACAAACCCUGAGUUUGUUGAUGGAAUUCCACCGUUCGCCUGCAAGUUCGCUGAGCAGCCUUCAAUCAGUCAUCUUCUAGCUGCAGCCGAUGAGGAUGGCCGAGUGUUCAUCUAUAACACCAACGUGAAUGGACCAGCAUCGCAGGUUCAAGAUUGGUCAGCUCACAACAAUGCUAUCUUUGACGUUGCCUGGUCAUAUACGGAGCCUCGCUUAGUGACAGCAUCAGGUGACCAGUCUGCUGCCCUCUGGGACAUCAAGACGGCCAAAUGUCUAGCCACAUUCAAGCAGCACAAAUGCAGUCUCAAGUCUCUCAGUUUUCGGCCGUGGGAUGGCCAUGUGUUUGCUUCUGGAUCAAGAGAUGGGAGCAUUAUGAUAUGGGAUGACCGCUGCAAGAAAAAAGGGAAAGGAUCGAGUCAGCUGCCUGUGAUAUGCAUUAGCGAUGCCCACAUUAAUCAGGCGACGGCCAAAGCUCAGCCGAAGCGUCGCAGGAAGCUAGCGCCCGAACUCCCAACCAUAAACUCCUCCUACAGUGUGAGUGUGGUCCUGUUCCAGAAGGAAGAUGUUCUGCUCUCGGCUGGCUCAGCAGAUGGGAUUGUUAAGGUAUGGGACAUCCGGAAGCUGAAGUCCUCGGGCUCAUCAAGCCCUACACCUUCACAUCAAUUCCCAUACAGUGGCACAAGCAACAGAAAAAGAGGCUUCUCCUCACUUGCCCUGACCUCAACACGAACCCGGCUCUUUGCGAGCCGUACGGACAGCGUGGUCAAUGAGUAUGACCUGAGCGGGGUGCUCGGAUCCCAGCCCGUCGCUAGAUACCGGGGUCACAUGAACUCCACGUUCUUUGUGAAAGCUGCCAUCUCACCGGACGACCUCUACCUUUUGUCAGGGUCCAGUGAUAACAAUGCUUACAUUUGGAAGAUAGGAGAGCCUGAAUCCCCUUCAGUGACCUUGGAAGGUCAUGGGGCAGAGGUCACAUCUGUCACAUGGUGCCCUACAGACUUCACCAAGGUUGUGACAUGUUCAGAUGAUAAUACCAUGAGGAUUUGGAAGAUGUCUACCGGCCAGGUCACCCAUGUUGACGGGGUCAACAGGGUUGUGGGAAGGGCAAGAAGAUGCGAGAAAAAGCCAGUAACGGAGAGCCAAGAAACAGACAGUGGACCUUCACAGUCUGGUUCAGAGAGUAGCAGGUCUACUCCUACACAUAAGACCAGUGAAUCACCCCUGUCUCCUCAACCCAGCCCCACGCCCUCCAGUACUAAGAAGCGAAGGUUCAGUCUGAAAGAAUGGGUCACCACCUCGCCCAAACCCUCAAGACCUGCUUCCCCAGUUCCUUCGCCCAAGAGACUAAAGAGCGAAAGCUCGGAGAGCGGUCAGGCAUCACAGCCAGAUGGAGAGAGUGAAUCAGUUCUCAAAAGGAAGAUGACUUUGGAAAAUACAGAGGAAACCAGUGCCAUAAAGAAGGUGAAAGUCAGCAAUUCUGGAGCUGCGUUGGCAGCAUUAGCGACAUCCUCAGUGCUCACAACCAGAAUAUCAGAUAGCAAAAGUUCAGUAAGCAAUCAAGGAUCACAAGCAAAUGAAGAAACUGAGUUUGCUCUAAAGAGGAGGAUGACUGUGGAAAAUGUAGAGGACAUUGGUGACUUAAAGAAGGUGAAAAGGGACCAUUCUGGAGCUGCUUUGGUGCCGUUGGAGACUACGAAAUGCUUAAGUGAUGAAACAGGAGCAAUAAUGGGCACUGACGACAAAGACCUUGUGAAAGACACCCCUCAGAGCUCACUUGCAAGUCCAAUUGCUACAACUUCACCACCAUCAAAUGAAACCAGUGAUGAUUACAGUGGUAAUUGUGAUGGUAUAGAUAAAGAAAAUUUGAACAAAGACCGCAGCAAAUUAGACCAGCCUGAAACUACGCUAACCUCCAUCCAACGUUCCCCUCUCAAAGACGAUCUUCCAAUGAACAGGCCAAAAUGCAGUUCUCUCUCGAAAUCAGCAACAAAAAGGAACAUUACUUCCCACUUUCCGGCAUCUCCCAGAGCAAACGAGGGGCAGGGGAGGGGGGAGAAGGAGGAAGGGGGAAGCCCCGAGAUGCAGCAGCAGAACUUGAAAGAGUGUUUCAAGGAGAAGAAAAAUGGAGGACUCGUUCAGUCCAAGAGGAAAAGUAUCACCAGACCCAUUGAUGGGUACUUCCAACCGAUUCAAAGGAAAAAUAAAUCUGACACAUGAUAGAAAAUGUGGACAAUUUAUUUUAUCCCUUUUACAAUUUAGUUGUUUAGUGGAGCUAUCUUACUGUAAGUUGUUGAGGAUGUGUAAAACCUGA